UCAAGCGAUUGAUGGUAAUUGACUGGUAGGAACUACUCUUUUGAAAUUAAAGUUUGCACAUGCCAUAAUUAAACACGAGGAAAUGUAAAUCACAUGCUCAAGCAUCAGAAAGUAUCAAAAAUUCACUACAGAGAAAUGAUGUUCCAUAAUUCUGUCGCAGUUUUUGUGAUCUACAGCACCACGUUAUGCACGUCUUUAAACUGCGAAAGGAAAUCAGAAGAAAACUGUAUCGAAGAUUGCCAAUGGAGAAAGGUGGACGAUAAAUGCAUUGAUUGUCCGGUUGGUUACUAUGGAAGACACUGUUCGAGAUCAUGCAGAUAUCCAAGCUAUGGGAUAAAUUGCCAACAGGAUUGUUCAGAGUGUGGUCAGGAAGCUUGCAGUGUGAUCUUUGGUUGUAUGAAAAGUGAUUGUCAGGAUGGCUACUAUGGAAUAAACUGUUCAAGACAAUGCAGGUAUCCAAACUAUGGGAAACAUUGUCAACAGGACUGUUCACAUUGUAACCGGGAGAUGUGCAAUUCAACUGUUGGUUGUCGAACACAAAAUGGAACAAUUGACAGAGAAUCUCAGAAUAUGAUACAAGGUUUGAAUCUCCCAUUGGUUAUCGGAGUUUUCGUUGGAGUUGCAGCUGUAAUUGUGAUUGCAGUCCUCUUGGUCAUAUCUUUUGCAAACAGAAGAUUCUACUCGAGACAAAUAAGAGAAAACGCCUAUUAUGUUGGAUCUGUCGUGUCAGAACACGUCACUACCACACUGUGUAGAGUACCUGAACAACGCAGCGAUAUUUGCGAUGAAAAUAUACCUACUGACAACAACACAUACAUGCUAGCGAGCUCAUUGCGAUACGAGAACAUUUAAUUUUAGUACUUGUAAAUAUGCAUUCUUUUGUUAAAUACUAAUUAUAUAUAAAUUUCUAAUUAUUGCAUGAGUACAAAAAUGAUGUCGAAAGCAAUGUGAAAUAAAUCUUCGAUUAUGUAAAGGCUUUUAUUCCUGCUAAAUAUUACAUAUUUUUUUUCUUUCACAUUUUGAAAAAUUGUUUCUUAAGUUCAACAAUUUCCAAAGCUCUCGUAUACAGUAUAUUUGUCGAAAGGUUUUUCAUGUGUAUAUUAAAUUUUACAUUUUAUUAAAUAUUUCAAGUUUU